UCGUUCGGCCAGCGCCGCCGCCGGGCUGGGCCCGGACAGGCAGGACGUCUCGGUUCCACCCGGGAGCCUCAGUACUGUAGCUGAGGCAGCUCCCGUCGUUCCUGGUUCUGCCUGACUCCUCUCCACGACCUCGGUCCGGCAUGUUUUCCAGGGCCCAGGUGAGGCGGAUUCUGCAGCGGGUGCCCGGAAAGCAGCGAUUCGGCGUCUACAGGUUUCUGCCCUUCUUUUUUGUCCUGGGAGGAACGAUGGAGUGGAUCAUGAUUAAAGUGCGCGUGGGCCAGGAGACCUUCUAUGACGUCUACCGCAGAAAAGCAUCAGAAAGACAGUAUCAGAGAAGGCUGGAAGAUGCAUCAGAGACUGAAUGUCAACAGUCAAUAAACACUACCUACAGCAAGCUCAGAGGCACAGCCCAGAGCUGGACUGAGCGUGAAGACCAAUGA